AUGGAGUCCACAGCAGGCAAGCCCACAGCCACAAGCCAAGGAUCCUCCCGCACCACCAGGCACGUGGUCCCCGACAUCAGCAGCAGCCCUGGCCCUGCCAACAUCACCCAGAGUGGCCGCACCACCACUCUCACCACUCCUGCAGGCUCAGCCACCACUACCAGAAGGGGGAGCUCUACCACCACUGACCAGGCCACCACCAGCCAAAAGAAACCAGCUACCACCAGCAGCACCAGAACUACCGGCCAUGGCACCGCAGCUGCCAUCUCCACCACCAGCAACAGCAACAUCAAGACAAGCACAAUCAGCACAGCUGCCUCCCACUCUCCCACCGGCGGCCUGCCUAGCACUACCACAGGCCACGCCAGUCACGCUACAGCUACUAUCAGCCACACCAGUGGUAGCUCAGCUAAUGCCACCACUGCAGGCUGCACCAGUCCCACCAUGAGCACCUCCACGACACGUCAGGUCAGUUCCCCCAGGACAUCGAGUAGCCCCACCAGCCCUCCCCACGUAAGUCCAACCACUGACCACCCCAUUGUUACACAAUACACCACCAGCCAAGCUGGUCCAGUCACCACCAGCCCCACAGCCACUAGUUGGCCCAGGACCACAGGCUACGAAAAGCCCUCUACCACCAGCCAUACAACCAGCAGUCAGCCCAGGACCACAGGCCACGAAAAGCCUUCUACUGUCAGCCACACAACCAGCAGUCAGCCCAGGACCACAGGCCACGAAAAGCCUUCUACUGCCAGAUACACAACCAGCAGUCAGCCCAGGACCACAGGCCACGAAAAGCCUUCUACUGUCAGCCACACAACCAGCAGUCAGCCCAGGACCACAGGCCACGAAAAGCCUUCUACUGCCAGCCACACAACCAGCAGUCAGCCCAGGACCACAGGCCACGAAAAGCCUUCCACCGCCAGACACACAACCAGCAGUCAGCCCAGGACCACAGGCCACGAAAAGCCUUCUACUGCCAGACACACAACCAGCAGUCAGCCCAGGACCACAGGCCACGAAAAGCCUUCUACUGUCAGCCACACAACCAGCAGUCAGCCCAGGACCACAGGCCACGAAAAGCCUUCUACUGCCAGACACACAACCAGCAGUCAGCCCAGGACCACAGGCCACGAAAAGCCCUCUACCACCAGCCCCACAGCCACUAGUUGGCCUAGGACCACAGGCCACAAAGAGCCCUCUACCACCAGCCAUGCAACUAGCAGUUGGGCCAGCCCAAACAGCACUGUAGGCCACAGUGAGCCAAGUACCACCAAGUCCAUUCUGACCAGCACCACAAUUUCUAGCAUCAGCCAGAGUAGCUCUGCCACAGCUAGCCAUGGAAGUCCAGCCACCAAGCACACAACCCCCACUCACCACGUCAAUGGUACAACCACCAGCCAAGGUAGCUCAACUGCCAGCCAUGUGAGCCCCAGAACCACCAGACUCCCACCAGCAACCUCAGGCAGUCCCACCACUAUGAGUCCUGCAAGUCCUGUCACCAGCCAUAGCAAUGCCACAGCCACUGCUGCUGUUGCCACAUCUAUGAGUCAUGCCAGCACUAUGGCCACCACCCGCCCCAGCUCUGCCACUACCUGGCAUGUUAGGGAAUCCACAGCCACACAUGCUACCAGCCACACAGCCAUCACGGCUGGCCAAACCACAAUCACCAGCACCAAGAUCAGCAGCACAAGCACUCCCACUGGUUCAGUGGCUACAGCCACAACGUCAGCCCCAAGUACCACUGUGGCAAAACUCACCUCCACACCAGGAGUCUCUACAAGGACAACAGCCACCACAGAGACCCCCGUCCCAUCUCCAGAUCGGGAGAUUUGCACCAUUUCGGGAGACCCCCACUACACGACAUACGACGGCCGCCUCUUCCACUUCAUGGGCACCUGCACCUACCUGCUGUCUGCCCUCUGCAAUGCCACGUCGGGCCUGCCCACCUUCAGGAUCGUGGCUACCAAUGAACACCGUGGAGGCAACAAGCAGGUCUCCUACGUCAAGUCCGUCAGCGUGGAGGUCUACGGGAUCCAGAUCGUGCUGCUGAAGGGGCGGAGAGUCACCGUGGACGGGCAGCGGGUCACAUUGCCAGUUUUCCUGGCUGGCAGGCAGGUGUCGGUACGUCUGAGCGGCACCUUCGCUUUGGUCCAAACAGAUUUUGGCCUCUGGGUGCGAUUUGAUGGGAACCACCACAUGGAAGUCUCUGCCCCAGCGACUUACAUGGGACAGCUCUGCGGCCUCUGUGGGAAUUACAAUGGGCAAACGUCUGAUGACAACCUCAUGCCCAACGGCACCUCAGCCGGGGAAAACGCUGAAAAGCUGGGUGAGAGCUGGCAGAUCCCAGAUGCCGGAGACACAGGCUGCACCAACUCAGGGGGCCCAGGACAGUGUGACAAGGACAUCGCAGCUGAUGCUCUGAAGCCUACCAGUUGUGGGAUCCUCACAGACCCUCAAGGCCCAUUUGCCCCAUGCCAUAGCAAGGUGCCCCCUGAGGGGGCAUUUGUGAACUGCGUCUACGAUCUCUGCGGCACCGAUGGGGAUGCAGGUUCCCUCUGCUUUGCUCUGCAAUCCUACGCCGACCGCUGUGCCCAAGCCGGAAUCACCAUCACCUGGAGGAACAACAGCUUCUGCCCCCUGAACUGCCCUCCUGGUACUUCCUACACAUCCUGUGGACCAGUCUGCCCUGCUACCUGCAGAGACCCUGCCUUCAAUACCAGCUGCCCCAACCUGCUCUGCGUGGAGGGCUGUGUCUGUGAUAAGGGCUAUAUUCUCAGUGGAGACCAGUGUGUCCCCCUUGACCAGUGUGGCUGCACUGACCCAAGCGGGCAGUACCAUCCGGUUGGCGAGAGCUGGAUGGGGAACAGCAACUGCACCCAGCGCUGCACCUGUGCUCCUUUCGACAACAUCACCUGCGAGGAGUGGAACUGCAGCCCAGUCCAGGAGUGCCGCCCCCUAGAGGGGCUUCUGGGGUGUCAAGACACUGGAGUGGCGGCCUGCCAUGUGGCCGGGGACCCCCACUAUUACACCUUUGAUGGCACCAUGGUCUCCUUCAUGGGGACUUGUACUUAUAUAUUGGUGACCUUGUGCCACAGCGACCCUCGUCUCCCAUCAUUCAAUAUCACCGCCAAAAAUGAGGAGCGUGGCCAGCCUGAAGCCUCCUACCUUCGCCAUGUGACUGUGGAGGUAGCUGGAGUCACUAUUACUCUACAGAAGAGUCGCCGGGUGCUGAUUGAUGGCCAACGUGUCCGAACACCCGUGGAAGGUCUCAUUCCUGGCGUUUCAGUCACCACCAGUGGCAUCUACGUUGUCCUGGAGACAAAUUUCGGGCUGGUGGUCAAGUUUGAUGGAAACCACCACUUGGAGAUCCAGCUGCCUGGCACUUACUUUGACAAGGUGUGUGGUAUGUGUGGCAACUUCAAUAACCAGAGCCGAGAUGAUCUCCUAAUGGCGAACAGACAGUUGGCCGCCAAUGCCAGUCAAUUUGGGAACAGCUGGAAAGCCCCUGGUGAUGCUGACCCUGGCUGCCAGCCAGACAACCGAGAAGACCUGGAACCCAGAUGCUCUGCCCAGGAGAUGCAGCACCUGCAAGCCUUGUGCCGUGAAAUCCUGGAGCCCAAAUACCAGCCCUGCCAUGGAAUCAUCGACCCACAGCCCUUCAUUCAGAAUUGCCUUUAUGACAUGUGUGAGUACCAGGGCAUGGCCUCUGUGCUGUGCGACAACAUCCAGUCCUACGUGGAAGCCUGCAAGAGCCAAGGCGCGGUUGGCCUCUCCUGGAGAAACAUCACCUUCUGCCCUCUCCCGUGCCCACUGCACAGCCACUACACAAAUUGCUCCUCCCCUUGCCCAGCCACCUGUGCCAACCUCUAUGCCCCAGCCAGCUGCCAGCGCCCCACAGCCUGUGCAGAGGGUUGCGCUUGUGACCGGGGCUACAUCCUAAGCGAUGACACUUGCGUUUCGAUGCGGGACUGUGGGUGUCUAGACAAUCGUCACGAGUACUAUAACCCUGGAGACACCUGGGUGAACGCAAAUUGCCUCCAGCGGUGCACCUGCAUUGGGAACGGGGAGAUCACCUGCCAGCCCUUCCAGUGUGUGCCUGGAUCCCACUGCGCCCUCAGCACCUCUGGGCUCCGCUACUGCCGACCAACCAAAUUCCACCAGUGUGUGAUUUCUGGAGACCCACACUACCGCACUUUCGACAACUUUGUCCACCACUUCCAGGGCCGGGCCACCUAUGUCUUGACCCGCACCCUGGAUGAUCUGCCAAGGGCUCUUGAACCCUUCUCCAUAUCCGGCAGGAACCGGCGCCGUUUCCCCUUACACCGAUUCUCCUUCCUGCGUGAGGUCUAUGUCUCCGUCUACGGCUACAGCAUCACCCUGAUGGAGGGGCGGAAGAUGGCGAUAAAUGGUGUGAAGGUCACUCCCCCAUACUAUCCCCGGGACGGGCUACAAAUCACCCAGAGAGGUCGCACCCUCUUUGUACAGACAGACUUUGGGAUCUCUGUUUCCUUUGAUGGACGGGACUUUGCUGAGAUUGUCCUGCCCAGCACAUACCAGAACCACGUUGGCGGACUCUGCGGAAAUUAUGAUGGGUGGCCGAACAACGAGUACAUGAAACUGGACAAGACAUGGACCCACAACCUCAACGCUUUCGGGAACAGCUGGCAGGUCUCGGUCCAAAGGGCUGUCCUUGGCAGGGAGAGGGAGGCUGCCAGCCACCCCCGUAUCAGGCGCGAGGAACCAUUGGAUGAAGCGGAGACAGGGUUUCAAAUAGACUGCACUCCAGAGGAACUAAUUGUUGUUAAUGGGACAAGAGUCUGUGGGGCCCUGUCUGACCCCCAGGGGCCUUUCGCUGCCUGCCAUGGCGUCCUGUCACCCAGCAAUUUCCAAGAGAGCUGUGUGUACGACCUUUGCGCUUUGUACGACGACAAGGAACUCUUGUGCGAAGACUACGAGGCCUAUGCCCUGCUCUGCCAGGAGGAAGGAGUUACGCUGGGGCCAUGGAGACAGAAGAUGGGCUGCGAGAUCUCAUGCCCGCUUCACACCACCUACAAAUCUUGCAUGACUGCCUGCCCUGCAAGUUGUGCCAACAUGGCUGCCCCAUCUGAUUGCGAUGCCCCUUGCGUGGAGGGCUGUGCCAGUGACCCCGGCCACAUACUCAGUGGGCUGGACAGUGUUCCCUACAACCAGUGUGGCUGCACCAGCAACGGCCAGUAUUAUGAGAUCAACGACAGUUUCUUCAUGGAGGACUGCUCCCAGCAGUGCACCUGUCGCAACACAGGGACUCUGGAGUGUGUGGCAGUGGGAUGCCCCGGAGGACAGAUCUGCGCAGUGGCAAAUUUCACCCGCGGCUGCUUCAAAGAAACCCCCUGCCUCAGCAACCCCUGCCAGAACGAGGGAGUGUGUGAAGACACCACAGACAGUUUCAUCUGUGUUUGUCCGGAGGGCUAUGCGGGACGCCUCUGUGAGGAGAUGCCACUUGAUGUUGUCUCAGCAGAAAAUACUUUAACAGCCAUCCUUAUUGGGGUCCUUGUUCCUCUCGGAUUAAUCCUAAUUGCCGUGACAGCUGUCUGCAUCUACCGACGGAGAAGCAAGAAGAAGCUUCGGGAAGAGCACAUUCCUGUCCUGUCAAAUCCAGGCCGAGGGAAAGCGUCGGCCAUGACUGGUGACAGGAUCACUCGCUUGUGACACUCCAGAUCUGUUGCUAAGAUUCCCUCCCACUCACCCAAUCCAAGGCGGAAACCUUCAGGCGUUGACCUUUAUAAAGCCGGAUCACUGAGGGGACCCAGCCACAUCUCCCUGACAACGAGGGACGCCCCCCUGCUUGCACUUCCUGGAGUGUAACUGGACCGGAGGAAAACAGUGGAGGAGCCUGGAGACACACAGGCCUAAGCCUGCACAGGCCAAGCGAUGCACCCAUUUUUUUCUUGGGCUCUACAGAUGGAUGGGUGCCUGCCCUCUUUCCAGAGAUUCUGGGCAAACCAAAUUCUGAAGUUUCUUUUCCCAGCCAGCUGCUAAACACUAAACAGAUCCCUAAACAGGCGGGUCAAUGGGUAUGACCAGCACAUCUCAGUCACCACCACACACCCCCCCUCUGGGCAGGGGAAGGACGUUUGAUUGCCUGUGUGUCUGCAACAUGGCAGGAAAGAGGAAGGGAUGCCAAUAAAGCAAGUAUUCCAGCACA